AUGAAAGUUGCAGACGGCGGUUGGACCAUUCUUUAUGGAGAUCUUAUCAACGAAUGGGAUGUAGUUACGGGUCUUGCCUCUAUCCCCAUCGGCGCCGCUGGUGUCUGGGCUUCCGAGCAGAUUCAAGCUCAACUGCAGAAAUUUCAACAAAGUCUGAGUGAUGUGUCCGAUGAUUCCCUCGACGAGCAAGAUUUUGAUGGAUUAGGAGUCAACCCUGGAAUUAUCACAUAUAAACGUUGGUUGGAAUUCCCUUUUGGGCUCAAGACUGACCUGCCGGACAACUAUCAACCGGUUUACGCAUCACCAAGCCUCUACCUCCAAAAGGUAUGGGAUGGAGUCCGAUGGGAAAAUUGGGAGACGCUCGGUGGCAAGUCUCUUAGUUCUGUCACAGCAGUGAGCCGGGGACGCGGUCGAAUCGACCUUUUUGGAAUUGGCGUCAGCAAUGCUUGCUACCACAAAUGGUGGGAGGGAACCUGGGGGCCAUCUGAGACAGAAUGGCAGGAACUAGGUGGAGUGUUCACCAGUCCUAUCCAUGCUGUCAGCUGGGGGCCAAAUCGACUGGACUUGUUUGGCCGCGGACAAGACAAUAUCUGCCUUCAUAAGUGGUGGGAUGGUGCAAGGGAUGGGUGGUUUGGGUGGGAGUUGCUACAUGGCGUUUUGCUAGGUGGUCCUCCCACAGCCGUAAGUCUGAACGGGCUGGAUGUCUUCGCUACCGGGACUGAUAAUGCUUGCUACCAUGGAUGGUGGGACGGGAGUGAGUGGAAAGCAUGGGAAUCCUUGGGAAAUAUUUAG